UGCGGCCCGGAAGGAAGUAACAUCAGCCCCGAAUGUGCCGGAAUCCUGCUGCACCGCUGCGGUGAAGGCGCCCCGGCGACAUCAUGUCUCACUUACCGAUGAAACUGCUGCGCAGAAAGAUCGACAAGCGGAACCUAAAGUUGCGGCAGCGAAACCUAAAGCUACAGGGGGCCUCAGAUGUGAGCCUAUCAGAGACCCAAAAUGGAGAUGUGUCUGAAGAAAUUGUGGAAGCUGGAAAAGUUAAAAAGUCCCUAAAACAGUCUAUGAAUGUGGGCUUGUCAGAAGCCCAAAAUGGAGACAUGGCUAAUGAAACAAUAAAAAACAUUAAAGUUAAAAAAUCCCCAAAGAAGUCUACUGUAUUAACCAAUGGUGAAGCAGCAACACAGUCACCCAAUUCAGAAUCAAAAAAGAAAAAGAAGAAGAAGAAGAGAAAAAUUGUAGAAAAUGCUGGGCCUGAUGCAAAAAAAGCAAAAACCGAAGAUAAAGUGGAAUCUGAAGAAGAAGGUGCUGGAGCUCCUAAAGAAACAGAAAAUAACGUGAAGCAGCCAGAUGAUGAUGACAAUGACAAUGAAGUGCCCACGUUGCCCCUGGGACUGACAGGAGCUUUUGAGGAUACUUCAUUUGCAUCCCUAACUAACCUCGUCAAUGAAAACACUCUAAGGGCGAUAAAAGAAAUGGGCUUUACGAACAUGACUGAAAUUCAACAUAAAAGUGUCAGACCACUUCUGGAAGGCAGAGAUCUUCUAGCAGCUGCGAAGACAGGCAGUGGCAAAACCCUGGCAUUUCUCAUCCCUGCUAUUGAACUCAUUGUUAAGUUAAAAUUCAUGCCCAGGAAUGGAACAGGAGUCCUUAUUCUCUCACCUACUAGGGAGCUGGCCAUGCAGACAUUUGGUGUGCUUAAGGAGCUAAUGACCCACCACGUCCACACAUAUGGGUUGAUAAUGGGGGGCAGUAACAGAUCUGCUGAAGCACAGAAACUUGUUAAUGGGAUCAACAUCAUCGUGGCCACGCCAGGUCGACUCCUGGACCAUAUGCAAAAUACCCCAGGGUUUAUGUAUAAAAACCUACAGUGUCUUGUUAUUGAUGAGGCUGAUCGUAUCUUGGAUGUUGGGUUUGAAGAGGAAUUAAAGCAAAUUAUUAAACUUCUGCCAGUACGCAGACAGACCAUGCUCUUUUCUGCCACACAAACUCGAAAAGUUGAAGACCUGGCAAGAAUUUCUUUGAAAAAGGAGCCAUUGUAUGUUGGUGUUGAUGAUGAUAAAACUAAUGCAACAGUGGAUGGGCUUGAGCAGGGAUAUGUUGUUUGUCCCUCUGAAAAGAGAUUCCUUCUGCUCUUUACAUUCCUUAAGAAGAACCGAAAGAAGAAAAUGAUGGUAUUCUUUUCAUCCUGUAAAUCUGUGAAAUACCACUACGAGUUGCUGAACUACAUCGAUUUGCCUGUCUUGGCCAUUCAUGGAAAACAGAAGCAAAAUAAGCGGACGACCACCUUCUUCCAGUUUUGCAAUGCAGAUUCAGGGACACUGUUGUGUACAGAUGUGGCAGCUCGAGGGCUGGAUAUUCCUGAAGUUGACUGGAUUGUUCAGUAUGACCCUCCAGAUGACCCUAAGGAAUAUAUUCAUCGUGUGGGUAGAACAGCCAGAGGCCUAAAUGGAAGAGGACAUGCCUUGCUCAUUUUGCGCCCAGAGGAAUUGGGUUUCCUUCGUUAUUUGAAGCAGUCCAAGGUUCCAUUAAGUGAGUUUGAGUUUUCUUGGUCCAAAAUUUCUGACAUCCAGUCUCAGCUUGAGAAAUUGAUUGAAAAGAACUACUUCCUUCAUAAGUCAGCCCAGGAAGCAUAUAAGUCAUACAUUCGAGCAUAUGAUUCCCAUUCUCUGAAACAAAUCUAUAACGUCAAUAACUUAAAUUUGCCUCAGGUUGCUCUGUCUUUCGGUUUCAAGGUGCCUCCUUUUGUUGAUCUGAAUGUGAACAGCAACGACGACAAACGGAAAAAGAGAGGAGGAGGUGGCGGAUUCGGCUACCAGAAAGCCAAGAAAAUUGAGAAGUCCAAAAUCUUCAAAAACAUUAGCAAGAAAUCAUCUGACAGAAGGCAGUUCUCUCACUGAAGACACACCUUCCUUUCAUCCUGAAUAACUUUGUCCUUAAAUGGAGUAUUUUCCCUUGCUCUAGCAAAUGAACUUACUUCCAUGAUGUGUACUGAUCUAAUAUGAGUAUUAAUUAACUUCAGUUGCAAGUACUGAGCACUCUUUAUUUCCAGCAUAUCUCUUUUUUUUUGGGCAGAAAACAGUUCAGUUUUUCUUGAUUUCCCAAGGGCAAAGCAAGGGAAAUUUUAGUCUUUGUUGUAAUGAUACAGUAUUUUAAUUUAAAAUCUUUUUUUCCCCAAAUUUCACGUCAUUGUUGUUAAUAGAAUUUUUUCUGUACCUUUCUUUCCUGGUGCCUAAAAAUUUUUAUGCAAAGAUGUCUAUACUAACUCACUGGAAAAGGCAGGUGAGAGAGGGUGUACUGGGGAGGUGGUAGUAAUGCAGAAGAUAGUCUUGGUUUAUUUUUUGGUUUUGGUUGUUUCUUUGGACUUUCACAGCAGUUCUUGAUCCUUUCUGGAAAUGCUGCAGUAUAAAAAGGCAGAGAGCUUUGGGAAAUAACUUGGAAACACUUCAGGUUAAAGGUGGUAUCCAUUUUUAUAUACUGUCUGCUAUUUGAAUAAAGCACUCCUUGCAGUCUUUACAACGGGGGAGAAAAUAUGGCCUUUUGAGCCUGUUUUAUACCAAUAUAGGUGUAUUGUAUUGUUCUAUAUUUGGUAACUUUGCCAAGACCCUUUUUUAAAAAACAAUAAUUUGAAAUUAACAUUCAAAUUUGUUAAUUUCAAGCUAGUUUGGAUUAUGGUACUUUUGACUUUGUGGAGUAAACAGCAAGAUUGGGUAUCAGUAGACUCGUAGCAAAGCCAUGAAAUAGUCAUUGCUCUGCAAACAUUCAUGGUAGUGUCUUUGUGAGAAAAAUUACCUCUUUCCAGAAUCCAUGAAACAAAAAUAGAUUGGCAAUGAAUGUUAAAAAUGAAGGAAGGUCAGCAAAAACCAGCAAAGUCAGUGGUUUAGUCAGGUGGAUUUUCUGUUGUAAGAGUACUUGAUUUCUGGUGAGUUUUAUGUCCUGUGGUAGUUCUAUUUUGUAGCAGUUCAAAACCAAAAGUUGCUAGCGUCAUUUUGCUAUUAUGCCAGGUUAUGUUCAUAGAGUCCUAUGAAACAAGUACACUGAGAGCGACAGGUGUAGGGCACACAGUCUUACACAUAGCAUUCCAACAGGAAGACAAGAGAGCAGUGUGCCGCAUCUGGGCUUGACCACGGGUGCCGGACCUGGCCCUGUCUUCCUGGGGAUCAGACACAGGCUGCUGGGCUCCCAGGUCCUGGCUUUUAAUAACUUUCCCUCCAGUGGCUUGUUUUGUUUGUUUAUUUCAGAAAUAAUCAUGUUUCAAAGAAGAUACAAAAGCAAAAGGGCAAAUAUUUAAUCAUUGAACAGAACUGAAUACUGUUGAUAUUUGGGUAUUUAACUGUACAGUUUUUUCUAGGCAUACUGAUACUUUCAACUUUUUUUUUAACCUGAAGUUACCCUCUACCCAUUACUUUGUAAUAACCAACAUAUUUCUUAAUGUGUAUUUUCCCAUGUCAUUAAAU